UAUAGUUACUUUUUACAUUCGUUGUCUCACUCCUAGCAUUAACUAGGCCCCGAGAACGAGGACUGCAAAUCAUCUGGCCCAAAACUAGAAGGACAGCUACACAAUUUUCAGGUUUUCAUCAAUUACCAGUCUACUUAUAUUACAAACAUGCGUGAGUGUAUUUCCAUCCAUGUUGGACAAGCUGGUGUCCAGAUGGGCAACGCCUGUUGGGAGUUGUACUGUUUGGAGCACGGUAUCCAGCCUGAUGGUCAGAUGCCAAGUGACAAGACCAUCGGAGGUGGCGACGAUUCAUUUAACACAUUCUUCAGCGAGACUGGUGCUGGUAAACACGUGCCUCGUGCUGUAUUCGUCGAUCUCGAGCCAACUGUCAUCGAUGAGAUCCGUACCGGUACAUACCGUCAGCUCUUCCAUCCUGAACAAAUGAUCACUGGAAAGGAAGAUGCUGCCAACAACUACGCCAGAGGCCACUACACCGUUGGCAAAGAAAACAUUGAUCAGGUCCUUGACAGGAUCCGUAAACUAUCCGAUCAAUGCACCGGUCUUCAGGGAUUUCUGAUCUUCCACAGCUUCGGUGGUGGUACUGGAUCUGGUUUUACUUCACUCCUCAUGGAGCGUCUGUCUGUUGACUACGGAAAGAAAUCCAAGCUCGAGUUCGCCAUCUACCCAGCACCCCAGAUCGCUUCUGCAGUCGUAGAACCAUACAAUUCCAUCUUGACAACGCACACAACCCUUGAACAUUCCGACUGUGCCUUUAUGGUCGACAACGAAGCCAUCUACGAUAUCUGUCGAAGAAACCUUGACAUUGAAAGACCAACCUACACCAACUUGAAUCGUCUGAUUGGCCAAAUCGUAUCCUCUAUUACUGCAUCUCUCCGAUUUGAUGGUGCAUUGAACGUGGACUUGACAGAGUUCCAGACCAAUUUGGUACCCUAUCCACGUAUUCACUUCCCUCUUGCCACCUAUGCUCCCGUUAUUUCUGCUGAGAAGGCUUACCACGAGCAACUCACAGUUUCUGAAGUCACCAAUGCCUGCUUCGAGCCAGCUAACCAGUUGGUGAAAUGUGAUCCACGUCAUGGAAAAUACAUGGCUUGUUGUCUGUUGUACCGUGGUGACGUUGUGCCAAAGGAUGUCAACGCAGCCAUUGCUACCAUCAAGACGAAGAGAACCAUCCAGUUUGUUGACUGGUGUCCAACUGGAUUCAAGGUCGGAAUCAACUACCAACCCCCAACUGUGGUACCAGGAGGUGACUUGGCCAAGGUACAACGUGCCGUGUGUAUGUUAAGCAACACCACAGCCAUCGCCGAGGCAUGGGCUCGUCUUGAUCACAAGUUCGAUCUGAUGUACGCCAAGCGUGCUUUCGUACAUUGGUACGUAGGUGAAGGCAUGGAGGAAGGGGAGUUCUCCGAGGCUCGUGAAGAUCUGGCAGCUCUGGAGAAGGACUACGAAGAAGUCGGCGUAGAUUCCCUUGAGGAGGGUGAAGAAGAUGAUGAGGAAUAUUAAACGCAAUAGCAAUAAACAGAUGCUAACUUAAUACCAAAUUAGUGCAUUUGACGACGCUUUUAAUUUCAAGAUAGUACUCCAAUUGCAAUUGUUCUUCCAAUAAAAAUUUAAGUUCAUAACAUUAAAAGAAAAUUAUUAUCCAUUUCAAAAUAAAAGUCACAAUAAAUCAUGAAUGUCAACCGAA